AUAUAAGCAGUAUUUCUCAUAGCUUUUUGUUCUUUGUGUUCCCCGGGAUAUAAUUUUAAAUCACCUUUUAUUUUCCAUUUAAAGUGAACUAGACUCUUUUUCUCUCUUCAGCCCCUUUUCACCUUUUUUUUUUUUCAUAUAAGAAAAUGAAUCCAGUUGACUCUUCUUCUCAAUGGUCAAAUACAGAUAAUAAAGGGCAACUGAAACCACCGUUAAAAACUGUACGCUCGUUUGAUACAGGUACUUCUUCAGACGAUGGCCGUACAAUGCCAGAAGAAUAUGAAGAAGGAAUUGGACUACUAAACAACUCACCACCACGCAACCAAUUUGUACCUGAUUACUCAUUUUCGGCUUUGGGAUCACCCAAUUUAUAUGAAUCAACAGAAAUGCUACCACCCAUAGAACCUAAAGUAGAAACUGACAGCUUCAAUCGUCGUCGUCUAUCAAUAAAGUCAAAGUCUUCGUGGAAAUCUCUUUUCAACCGCAAAAAAGAAAAUCUAGGUCCACGUAUCAUUCAGAUCAAUCAACCAGAGACAAAUCAAGGGUUUAUACCAAUUCUGAGUUCAGUAAAACAGCCAAUAUUUUUUUCUUAUUCAUUUCCGCAAAUCCCAAACAUUUCACCUACGUCAAGAUAUACUACCGUGGCCCCUUUAAUAGUCGUCUUGCUAAUUACGGCCAUUAAAGAAACUAUCGAAGAUUUUGGAGUGCAUAAAUCAGAUCGAGAAUUGAAUAAUCGUAAAUGUAAAAUAUUUGAUGGAUCACAGUUUAUCGAAAAACAAUGGAGAGAUAUAAAAGUGGGCGAUAUUUGUCGUAUCGAUAACUCCCAGUUCUUUCCUGCAGAUUUAAUAUUAAUCAGUAGUUCGGAACCAGAAGGUCUUUGUUAUAUCGAAACAAGUAAUUUGGAUGGUGAAGUCAACUUGAAGAUUAAGCAAGCCCUACCAGAAACCGCAUCUUAUAUUUCUCCAGCCCAAUUGUCUACUUUAGGUGGUGUAGUACAAUCCGAACAACCCAAUAAUCGCUUGUAUAAUUAUGACGGUACACUAUCAUGUGAUGGAACAAAAAAACUGCCUUUGGAUCCUGGAAAAUUAUUAUUGAGAGGUGCUCAACUAAGAAAUACAAGUUGGAUUUAUGGCUUAGUCGUCUUCACCGGUCAUGAAACUAAACUUAUGCUUAAUUCCAGUAAAAAACCAUCUAAACUAUCAAAUGUCGCUCGAAUCACAAACAGAAAUAUUUUAUAUCUCUUUGGUAUGCUGGUCACAAUGAGUAUUCUAUGUUCUUGCGGUAAUUAUGCAGUAUCAAAAAGUAACGGUGGUAGUAGAGACUACAUAAUGAUUCCUGACACCGAACUUGCGAAAGAGUUCGGUUUUAAUAUCUUGACAUUCAUGAUUUUGUUCAACAGUUUUAUUCCGAUCAGUUUAAUGGUGACCAUGGAAAUUGUAAAGUAUAUCCAAGCAAUCAUGAUUGACAACGAUCUCGAUAUAUAUUAUGAAAAGACAGACACACCAGCCGUUGCUCGAAGCAGUAGUUUAAUUGAAGAAUUGGGUCAAGUUGAGUAUGUUUUCUCGGAUAAAACAGGUACUUUAACCUGCAAUGAAAUGGAAUUCAGACAAUGCUCCAUCAGUGGUUUAUCUUAUUCUUUGAAACCUGAUCCUGAUAAGUUACCCACUUCUGAUACGGACUCCAACGGCGAAUACUCAUUUAAGCAGCUGGAACAACAUUUAGAAACAUCUCAAGAUGCUUAUAUCAUUAAUGAGUUUCUUACACUUCUAAUGACCUGCCAUACUGUUAUCCCAGAAGUAAAUGAAGAAACAGGUAAAAUUGCAUAUCAAGCUUCUUCGCCUGAUGAAGGAGCUCUUGUAAGUGGUGCUAGUGAUGUAUUUGGGUACAAAUUUGUUGCAAGAAGGCCCCACUCGAUCACUUGCAUAAGAAAAGGUGUAGAAGAAGAAUAUCAGAUUCUAAAUGUCUGUGAAUUUAAUUCUACGAGAAAACGUAUGUCAGUUGUUUUACGUGGACCUGAUGGAAGAAUCAAGCUUUACUGUAAAGGUGCUGAUACAGUGAUUCUGGAACGUUUAGCUGACGACAAUCCAUUUGUUAAAUGUACACUUGAACAUCUAGAAACUUAUGCGUGUGAGGGUCUACGUACACUGUGCUUUGCUAUGAGAGAAAUUUCUGAUGAUGAGUAUGCUAAAUGGUCACAAGUUUAUGAAAAGGCGUCAACUACAUUGGUUGAUCGUGCUGAGGAAUUAGAUCAAGCCGCAGAAAUCAUUGAAAAAAACAUGUUUUUAUUAGGCGCUACUGCGAUUGAGGAUAAACUUCAAGAUGGAGUGCCUGAAACAAUUGCCACUUUACAUGAAGCCAAUAUCAAAGUAUGGGUACUGACGGGUGAUCGACAAGAAACUGCAAUCAAUAUCGGCUAUAGCUGUAAACUACUGACAGAAGAAAUGGAUUUGAUUAUAUGUGAUGAAGACGAUCAUGUGUCUACAAAGCGAUUCUUAGAUGAGAAGCUAGCCCAUGUUCUAUCUGUAACUGAACAUAUGCAACACGAUCCUUUUGCUUUAAUUAUUGAGGGAAAAUCACUUACGUUUGCUCUUGAAAAAGAAUUGGAAAAGGUGUUUUAUGACUUGGCAACUCGUUGUAAAGCAGUGAUUUGCUGUCGUGUUUCUCCUUUACAAAAAGCGUUGGUAGUCAAAGUAGUGAAGAAGUACUCUAAAUCUAUUCUUUUGGCAAUUGGUGAUGGAGCCAAUGAUGUUUCUAUGAUUCAGGCUGCCCAUGUUGGUGUAGGUAUUAGUGGUGUUGAAGGUUUGCAAGCUGCUCGUAGUGCAGAUUUUGCUAUUUCCCAAUUUAGAUUCCUCAAGAAACUGUUACUGGUACACGGAGCUUGGGCAUAUCAAAGAUUGAGUAAAAUGAUCUUUUUUUAUUUUUACAAGAACGUUGCGCUGUAUCUUACUCAGUUUUGGUAUGCGAUAUUCAAUGGCUUCUCUGGUCAAACACUGUAUGAAUCUUGGACAAUGUCAUGUUUCAAUGUUUUUUUUACCUUUUUACCGCCCAUGGCAAUCGGUCUUUUUGACCAGUUUGCGUCUGCUCGAUUAUUGGACAAGUACCCUCAAAUGUACGUUUUAGGACAAAAAAAUGAGUUUUUUAACCAAAAAAGAUUUUGGGGCUGGAUCAUCAAUGCCGUUUAUCAUUCUGCUUUAUUGUUUUUUAUUGGAAUGGCCGCAUUUGCUGACGAUUCUGUAUUUAAAAGUGGCUUUUCUGGUGGACAGUGGUGGGUAGGAACUACCAUCUUUUCUGCUACAUUAGCUACUAUUCUGUGGAAGGCAGCCUUGAUUACAGAUACUUGGACAAAGUAUUCAUGGAUUGCUAUACCAGGAUCAAUGGUGAUUUGGUUCUUAUUCUUACUUCUUACGGCGUACGUCGGACCACUUCUUCCUUGGGAAAUUUUUAUGGAAUACAACGGUAUCGUACCUCAAUUAUUAGGAAAUGUUAACUUCUGGCUGUUUUUCAUCGCUGUACCACUUUGUUGUGUCCUUCGAGAUUAUAUUUGGAAAUAUGUUAAGCGUAUGUAUCGACCUCAAUCGUAUCAUUACAUUCAAGAAAUCCAAAAGUACAAUUUCCCAGAUUAUAGACCCCGUAUGGAUCGUUUCCGUCGUGCAGUGAAUAAGGUACGAAAGAUACAAAGAUUGAAACAGUCCAGAGGUUUUGCGUUCUCCCAAAAUGAUAAUGAUCAAUCAAGACUUAUCCGUAUGUAUGAUACUACACAACAAAAACCUUCAGGAUAGACAUAUUUCUUUCCUUUAUCUCCAUCCCCCCUGUAUUAUUAAUAAAUUUGUGUAUUAUAUCUCCUC